CUAAUGGUAAGUCAGAAUACUUGUGCAAGAAAUUUAAUCAACUUCAUUCAAGGCGCUGUUUUAAACUGUGUUAUUUACCGGUGAAUUCAAUAUACAUCCCUGCCUCUGUAUUUUGAAUAGCUUCCCGGGAUACCAAGUCCGCUGCGAUCUGUGUUUAAUACUCAAGGUUUAUCACUAUCAGAGUCGGUUUGCUGUAUGUCAGACUUAGCAUUCAGUUUGCUUCUAGAUCUCUAGUAAAUGUUCCCUUCAUACAUUUUGUGCGCAAGUGUAUGUAUAAGGUUGUCGUGCGUGCGCCGUGGAGCGCCCCGUGGGGAGGUGAGGUAGAGGUCAACCUUUCUUCACUGUGAUCUGUGUAAUACUACUGCAACAGUGUGAUCUAAAGAUAUAGAUUUUGAAUGGUGUAAGGCUGAAGAUCAUUAUGUUGCCUCACCCGCCUCAGUGAGACUUGUCUUUAUAUAUUAAAGGUUUUUUGUUAAAUGUCCAACGAUCAUCACUAUGAUGCUAUGAAUAAGUAGGAGUACCGCCCUGGGAUUCACUGAUUAAUCCUUACUAUUUGGGCUAUUCAUUUCUCAAUCGUUGGAAUGUUAGCCUCUGCUGAAGACGCGGUUUUUAGCGGUUGGAACCAAAACUCUAAAAAUGUCUGCACUGAAGGCUAUCAUGCAGAUUGUUGAUUGGGGACGUGAAAGAGUUGCUGAAUGGGUUGGCAGAAGCUUCUUGUUGAAAGAAAAAUCGUUUCUUGCUUGAGCUAAAACAUGACCACGGAGCUUCGCCGAUCUGAGCUAUUACAGUAUUUCUAAGAAUUAUAUGAAUUUAAAGGGGCUUUAUAACGUUAAAAACAAAUAAACAAAAAACGGAGGUCAUGGAUGGGUGUUGCGGUACCGGGAAUAGUUAAAACUAAAAACGAGCAUUUUGUUAUAAUGGUUUAGAAAAUUAAUUAAAAACUGCAGUUUGUGUCGAAUGUGCUUUAUCUGGCUGUCAUCUUGUCAUUUUACUGUCAAACCACUCAUCUUUUAAUGGCUGGUGACUCAUUUUACUGCUCCCGCAAAUUUUGAUUUUCACUUUUAUCUUCAUUCAACGAUCUGAGCUUUAAUAAACUGGAUAAAACAGAAAUGCAAAAGUUUAUUUAUGUCUUUACUAUAAUAAGAUUAGCUUAUCGAUGCCGUGUCAGGGGUAUAACCCAAUUUACUCUUUGAUGAUAAGGCAGUAAAAUACGUGCCGAUGAAUUUUCGGUAUUUGAUCGGCAAAGGAAGUAGUUAAAACAGAGAUUUAUUGGAUAGACACUCUUAGCGAAUUUAUUUGAAAACACAGCAAUUAGAUAUAGUUUAAUAGUCUGUAUCAUUGAUAUAAUCCAUUACAAAAGGUAAUGGGAAAGAAAUAAAUAUCAUGAGUUACCCAUUACUGUGAAUGAGGGGAUGUAGGCAUGGAUGAAAGAUUGAGAGAAUGAAUGGAUCUGAUACAAAUUAUAACGCGAAUGCGAUGAAUUGUACAAUUUUAGACUACAUAAAUAUUUUAUCUCUGAAAUCUGAAAGAAAGGAAAAGUGAAUGCUCAAAGUCAUGAAAAAAUAUUCCAAGAAAAGAAGAAAAUAAAACUACUGAAAAAACUACACAAAUAAAAUCUCUGAUGCACGGGUGACUUUAUUUCUUUCUUGAAAUUUACUCCAUUAAAACGAAGUCAUUCUUUUGUUCGACAUAAUCAAACAUACAAUAGCUGUUAUGUAAGUCCCAGCACCUCUCAGCCCAAGGGUGCCCAUAGGAUUAACGUAUUAGUAAGAUCUCGUCGUCUCAUUGACAACAAACCUUCACAACAUCGUAAUGUCAGUACUGGAUUCAUGCACAGAAAUGCUGUAAAGUUUGAGUCGUUGUAAGUCAAGCAGGAAUGGCUCAGAAACCGGCGACUUUGGGUUUUUUGCAUAUGCAACUUAACAGAGGAGAGCUUCAGAAAGUCCGCGUCAAGCUUUCUAAGGAUGCUUUGACUAUCCAGAAAGAAGGAGGUCCACCUUAUACCUCGCCAAAUGCUCUUGAAGUCCCUGCCUCUGACGAUAACCAGAAGCAGCUGGUUAAAGUAAGGAGGAGAAAGGAAGGAGGACUGGGGAUGAGUAUAAAGGGUGGAAAAGAAAGCAAUUUACCAAUAGCCAUCUCUAGAAUCUACAAGAAUCAAGCAGCUGCAGCAACAAGACAGUUAUGUGAAGGGGACAUCAUUUUAGAGGUGAACAACAAGGAUUUAAGAAAUGCUACACAUGAUGAAGCUGUUGCAGCUUUGAAAGAAUCUGGUCCGGAAGUUCUGUUAUUGGUUGAUCAUUCAAGAGGAGGGUUUAUAAGCCGCCAAGAAAAACAAGCAAAUGGCAUUGUGCGGAGUAUUGAGGAAUCAAAUGACUCACAUCGUCUCAAUAGUAGUGGGUCUUCUGAUUUUGGAGAAACAGACUCCACGUCGUCUAUGCAGAGUUGGACUGACAACAUUGUGCUUCCUCUAACUUUUGCUUCAAUCUCUCGGUACAAAACUGGAGAAGAUAAUCUCAGAGCUAAUGCCUUUGAAGUGAGUUCAAUGGAUGGAGGUGCAUCAGUUGUAUUGUACAGUGAAAAUAGUGGUGAAUUGUUGUCAUGGUACACAGCAAUAAAAGAUAGAAUAACCAUGUUGUUGGACCAGUCAAUUAAUAUGUCUAAUUCAUCUUUACCUUCUGCUGAGCAAAUCAUUCACAUGUGUUGGGUUUGGGAGAGAAUUCAGUCUACUAGCCACUGGAAUGUAUGGAAAAGAAAAUUUAUGUCCAUCAAAGGAUCAGAAAUAUUUUUGUUUGAUAUGCCUCCGGUAGUAACCCGUGACUGGCUUCAAAGUGAAGUUACUUUUAAUUUAAUGGAGAUUGUAUUUCACAAUUGUCGAGAUGAUGAACUUUUGGACAAAAGAGAGAAUUGUUUUUAUAUUCAAACUUGGAUGGGGGAAACAAGUUAUUUUAGUGUGGAUACCCAAGUUGAUGCUAUAGAGCUUGGAAACUGUGUCCACAGAGCAACACACAUCUCUGUUGCCCAAGUUGAGUGUCGGACUUUCCCUGGUAAGUGGCAUGGUCGUGCAGUCAAAUUGGUUCUUGAUCUCAAACGAGGUUUAAGGUUGUACAGUGCAGAGGACAGGACGUUAAUCUGGCAAUACCGGUUCUCCUAUCUCAGAGGGUCAUCUGAUGAUGGACACAGGAAAAUCAUACUUCUCUUUUCACCAUUGCCGACAGGACCAUUUGACAGACAGGAACUUGAGUUCACCAAUAUGCAGCAAGUGCUGACUGUUAUGCAUGCAUUCUAUGCUGCUAAAGUAGCACAAGUAGACCCAAAGUUUGUUAUGGACAACUCAAUGUGAUCUAAUUACUAGUCAGUUACAGUAACACUAUUCU